AUGGACGACGCCUCCCACACUAAUCUUGCGCAUACAACGCUGCUCGUUAGCGGCAUGACCUGUGCUGCCUGCGUCAAUACAGUCGAGCAGCAGCUGAAGAGCUCUGGCGCCAAAACGGUCUCAGCCGAUCUCAUGACUGGGCUGACCACAGUCGUACACGAUGCUGGGCUUCUCUCCAGCGACAAUGUGUGCGAAUGCAUCGCUUCCUUAGGGCUUGAGGCCGAGGUUUUGCAGACACACCAGCCAGUCGAUAGAAUGCUGGACCAGAGCGAGGAGGCCUGGCUUGAGCGGUUCCUCGUUUCACUCAUAUUCGCAGUACCAGCCCUGCUCUUGAUGCUGCUGAACUCGAUGCUGGCGCUCUCGCAUCCCAUAUACAGGUUUCUGCACAAACGCACAGCAGGCUUGUACACACCUCAUACAGCAUGCAUGUUUGUGCUUGCUACGCUGUGCCAGAUCGUCCUGGGCUCCCGGUUCUACAUGCACGCAGCCAAGGCGCUGCUAAAGGCACGCACGGCUAACAUGGAUGUGCUGGUAGUGCUAGGCACAACAAUGGCAUAUGCAGGCUCGAUUGUGAGCACGGUCAUGGGGUGUAGCGAUUUCUUCGAGACGCCGAUAUAUCUCAUCUCGUUUGUGCUGCUGGGCAGGUGGCUCGAGUCAACAGCCCGCGGACGCAGCGCCAGCACUGUGGCAUCGCUGAUUGCACUGCAGCCGCAAACCGCGGUCCUGGCCGAUGGGGCCGUUAUUGGCGUUGAGGAGAUCAAGCCUGGCGACCUGAUUUUGGUCAGUGGAGCGUCGCACAUUCCGUGCGACGGCAUUAUCGUGCAAGGUCGGACAUACGUCGAUGAGUCGCUGAUAACUGGCGAGUCGUGCAGCGUGGCCAAGGCACCAGGCUCGAAUGUGGUUGGCGGGUCGUUCAACCAGAUGCGCAACAUCCAGAUCCGCGCUACUGCAGCAACCGACAGAUCGGUGCUGUCUCGGAUUAUCCAGCUUGUUCGCGAUGCGCAGGCCAACAAGCCCAGGCUGCAGCAGGUUGCCGACCGGGUCGCCUCCAAGUUUGUAGUGCUUGUCACCGUCGCAUCUGUGCUGGUCUUCAUUGUGUGGAUAGCUGUGGGGGCGCGCGGCGGGAUCAAACGCCAGUGGAUCGAGAGCAAGGGCAUGGCCAAUCACCAGCACAACCUGCAUGACAAGGAGCGGCUCACACGUAUCUAUGACACGAUCUUCGCCUUGCUCAACGCCAUCAGCGUGCUGGUCAUCGCGUGCCCCUGUGCGCUUGGUCUGGCAGCACCUACAGCGAUCAUGGUAGGUACUGGCGUGGCUGCGCGCCUGGGGAUCCUAAUCAAGGGCGGCGGGGUGGUCAUGGAGGCUGCUAGCAAGGUUGAUGUUGUGGUAUUUGACAAGACUGGGACGCUGACGCAGGGCCAUCCGUCGGUGGUCGACUUGCGCGAAUUGCGUGGGCUGCCGCCAGGCUGCAAGGGCUGGAUAUACAGCGCCAUCCACGCGAUCGAGAGCAUGAGCAACCACCCACUGGCCUCUGCUGUGCGGCAGUUCAUUGAAAUGCAUACCCGGAUCACCCAGGACAUCGAGAUCUGGGAACACGAGGAGGUGCCGGGCUGCGGCACCCGCGCUCUAGUCAGCGUGCCAGACGACCUGCGGGAGCACCUGGGCUGGGGCGAGUCGCAGAAGGCGUAUCUGAGUAUCGGCAGGGAGGGCUGGGUGUGGGCGGACACGUCGUUUGUCAGCUCGCUGUCGCCAGAGGAGCGCAGCGAGCGAGAGUGCAAGAGGCAGUGGGAGACCAACGGAUACACUCUCGUUUCCGUGUGCCUGCAGCCGAAGCGCAGCCACGACGUGCGCCAGGCAUCCUGGCCUGUGCCUGCCUGCCCGCUCCUGUCAUUUGCUGUCGACGACCAAGUGCGCCAAGAGGCCAAGUUUGUCAUCGACAGCCUGCAGCGUAGUGGAGUCGAGGUGUGGGUUGUGUCGGGCGACAAGGCCGAGGUCGUCCAGGUAGUGGCCAACCAGCUAGGCAUCAGGAACAUUAUCGCCGGCGUGCUGCCAGGCGAAAAGUGCGAGCGCAUACGCGGGCUACAGUUUGCUGGCGAUCGGCGCAGGGUCGUGGCCAUGGUCGGCGAUGGAAUUAACGAUGCGCCAGCUCUGGCCCAGGCCGAUAUUGGGAUUGCUGUGGACUCAGGCACGGCCACGGCCAUUGAGACCGCGCCCGUGGUCCUGAUGCGCCCGUCUCUGCUGCCGCUUCUGACCUUUUUUGACAUCUCCCUGGUGACGAUGCGCCGCGUCAAGCUGAACUUUAUCUGGGCAUCUGGCUACAACCUCGUGUGCCUGCCCAUUGCCGCCGGAGUGCUCUACCCGGUGAUCGGACGCGGUCUUCCACCCGCUAUGGCUGGCCUUCUCAUGGUGCUUAGCAGUUUUACGGUAAUGCUGAGCAGCCUUUCAUUAAAGCUCUAUAGAGGCAAGUACUAA